UGUCAAACAUUCUGUGCCCCUAAAGUGAACACAUAUUUAUCGGGAAAACGAAGCUCAAUCAACAAAUAGAUUUUCAAUUCAGCUAAGAGCCUCUAAAAAUACAUAUUAACUAGUGAUGCCGCCGUGCACUUUACGCCAGAGAGGUAUGGCCUAUAUACCACGUCGCGACAAGAAUCGGGAGAAGGAUGUUUUGGCCCCGAAGCCGGUGCAUCCGCGCUCCCUGCGCUUUCAUGGAUUUUUCGGUAUGUCAUAUGUCCAUCAACAUGUGAUGGUCGAUGAGCGAUGGACCCCCAACUCGUUGACCGAACAAUUCAAGGGAAUGACCGACUUGUUAACGCGCCGUUUGGUAUUCAAGAAUCACGAGUCGAAGGCCAAUCGCCAAAGGUAUUUUCGCGAGAACAAACGUCUAAAGCUGCAAUGUCGCGAUGGGCGAACGAAAUUGCAGAAUAUUCUGGUUAACGACAACACCCACAAGAUUCGCAACUUUCUUAUCAACCACAAGGAUAUGCAGCGGCUGUACCAGAAGAUGCCAAUUCACCUAGUGGUAGACAACAUUAAUCAGCGAACCUUUGUAAUGAGAAAGGAGCGGGAUCGUCUGGAGUUUCGCUUAGAUCAGUUAAAACAGCACUACAAAGAACAGCUGCUCCGGCGUGCCCUUCUGCAGAAUCGCAUCAAGUAUCAAAACGAAUUUAUUCUUGACGAGGAGCUUAAGUCACGGGUUUUCCUCAAGAAGAUCGAGAAUUCGAAUGUGCGCCUAAAGGCCAUCAAGACCAUAAACAAUACGUAUAAGAAGAUGAUUCAGGUGCUGGUCCAUGACGAGAUAUUUUACGAGCCCAUCUUGCGUUCGCUCAGCAGUGACAUGGAUGAUCAGUCAAACUUCAUAAAACAUAUUCUAUUCCUGGGGAUGCCGGCCAUAGCGAAGUUCAAGGAGCUCAACGAAGAGUUCAGGAACAUGGAGGAGAAGUCCCGCAAGAAUCUGCAGAUCAAACUGCAAAUGUUGGCAUCGCUUAAAAAGCCGGCGGGCACAUCGAUCGUUAAUUUUAAUAAGCCCAAGGAGGCGCCACCGACCACGAAUCUGAAGCGAUAUGUUCGCGAGACUCAGAGUAUGAUGAUCCUAAAACUAGAGCUCAAGGCUGUGGAGAAGACUAUCAAAGAGGUCAAGUUUGUGACUCUCUGUUCCCAAGCUAAGGAAAUUUAUCCACGAAUGAAGAGCCAAGUGGACAACAACGACAAGCUGCAUCGCAUGAUUGUCAACGACAUGCUGGCUCACGAAAUGCUGGAGACUAAGAUGAAGUGUGCCAGUGUAUUGAAGGGGGUGCUGGUAAACAAUCUUUCAGAGGAAGAGAUCAAUCGACUGGAGCGCAUCAAGGACCUAAAAAAAAUGCUGCAGAAAGAUAUCGAAUUCGAAGAUGAUACUCUGCAACAUCUUAAAAAUAGAGCUGAUGCAUAUGUUAUGUUAAGAGUAAGCAUUUGGAAUCUGUUGGAAAUUUUGCGCCAUGUUGAUCGCCAGCCCAAAUUGCUACGUGCCCAGUAUCCAAACUCCUACUUGAAGCUUCCGCUGCUCAAAUUCGAAAUGCUCAACAUGAGGGCCGCUGCUCCAGAGAUAUUCGAGGAGAACAUUGAUAACAUAAUGCAUAUGGUGAAGCGGAAGAUAUACAAGCUCAUGAAGGCCUACGCAGUUGAGCUGAAACCGACGACCAUCAAGCGAAACUUCGAAGAAUACCAUGCCGAUUUCUUGGCCAGUCUAGAUAUGUUCGAGCCCGUGGAUACUGAAGAGCAGGCGCCAACAGCUCCGGAGGACGAUAUCCUGCAGGAGAACAAGACCAUGGCGAAUGUGCCCAAUCGCAAACAGAUCAAGGCCCAAAGUGCCAAGCUCGUGGAAGAGCUGGCCAAGCGGGAUGAAAUGUAAAUGUUUCGUUUAGUAUUUAUGUUAAAGCUACCAAAAUUUUUAAGUCAGUUAAAUUCUGCAUGUUGAAACACAAUUCCAAGUGCCUACCAUUGGUGGUGGCCAACAAAAAGUAAUAAAUCGUGAGUUUUGCAUUGGCGAAAUACCGAAAAUGGAAGCGCUGCCUGUAAGUAA